AUGAUGCCGAGUCUCAUCUUCGCCUGCACUGCCUAUGGCGAUGACUGGACCGACGAUGGGAAGACCAAGGCUACUUCCUUGCAUGGUGCAAAGAAGCACAAGAUUGACUACAAAAUUAGCCGGUGGUCUUCUUCCUCAGAGGGCACCGAGUCCAACUACCGCUCUUUGAUCAGACAAAUGCACGACUAUGUUGCCAACGGACAUGCUUCACCCAGCAAGACCACCAUGCUCUAUGCUGAGUUUGGCGAACUCUUGGAUGACUCGCAUGGUUUUGAUGGACGUCGCGACUCUCUGGCCAUGCAGCUAUGUGGUCCUGACUCUGACUCUCAGCAUGUCUUUGGCUUUAUGGCUUUGAACAAUGGGACCUUUGGGGCAGAUCCAACCGCCUUCGAGUCUUGGUCUAAUGCUGAGUGUCUUAAGUUUGGCCAUGCCACCAACUUCACCGCCACUGCCCAAUUCACGGCACCUCAGCUAAUCUUGCAAUUGUUCUGA